GUCUCCGCAAUUCAAAGAAGUUCGUCGUGACGUUUCACUUCGACCACGAUAAAGACGGAGCUGUCAACUGUCUACACGUGUUGCUGUGACGUGUAAAGCUAUUGGUGUGUCUUCGGUCGAAUCUGUUUGGGCAGUCAAACCACUGUUGUGCCUGUUGAAGUUUGUGUGAUUGUGCUUAUCAUUUCAAAACAUGAAGGUGGUUUGGAUUGUUUUAGGCUUGUUUUUGAUGUUUUGUGAGGUGACAUUUGGUCUUUAUUUUCAUAUUGGUGAAACUGAGCGCAAGUGUUUUAUUGAAGAAAUACCGGACGAAACCACAGUUAUAGUUAACUACAAGGUUGAAUUAUAUGAUCCCAAAAGUGGAGGAUUUAUGCCAUCAAGUCCAGGAAUUGGGAUGCAUGUUGAAGCAAGAGAUCCUGAUGAUAAAGUCUUAUUAUCAAGAGUGUAUAGCUCCGAGGGUAGAAUUUCAUUCACAUCGCAGACCCCAGGCGAGCAUGUGAUAUGCCUGUAUUCCAACAGCACUAGCUGGUUCAGUGGAUCACAACUAAGGGUGCACCUAGACAUACAGGUUGGAGAACAUGCUGUGGACUAUGCCAAUGUUGCACAAAAGGAAAAGCUUUCUGAGAUUCAGCUCAGAGUUCGUCAACUUCUUGAUCAAGUUGAGCAGAUAGCAAAAGAACAGAAUUACCAAAGGUUUCGUGAAGAGAGAUUCCGCCAAACAAGUGAGAGCACCAGUCAGCGAGUGCUUUGGUGGUCUAUCACACAGACAGUCAUUUUGCUCGCAAUGGGGGCUUGGCAAAUGCGCCAUUUGAAGAGUUUCUUUGAAGCCAAGAAACUUGUAUAAAUCUGUGCUGGUUGCAAGUGACACCUCGGUUGUACAUGGCCAGAAGUGUAAAUAACAUUUGAACAUUUUGCAGAGUGAACACAAUGUUAUUUUCAUAUGGUGUAAAAUUUACAUGAGUAUUUAUUUGCUGUUGAUAUAAAUUCGGAUUAAAAAAUAAAAAGUCUUAAAUUUG